GGCAGCAGGAGCCCGAGACCAGCCUCAGAGCUCUGCCGAGCCCUCGGGAAGAGCCGGGCACCAGGCUGGGAUCUGCCCGCAGAGCCAUGAGCCGGCUCCCACCGCUGCUGCUGUGGGUCACCACAGUGGUUGUUGUCUCCUGUUCUGGAUCACAUGAAGAAAACUCUUCACCAAAUCCACUUCAGAAGCUCUCCCUCAUAAAAAACAGGAUGGUUUCAUUGCACCAGACUUCUAAACCAGAAAUCUCUUGUGUCAUCGGCUCAAGCUGUUCAUGGGUGACGUCUACAGACAGUUUUGGAAAACCGGACUGGGUAUUAUCGUCAGUUGGUGUCCUGGUGUCCCAGGAGAGGCAGCAGCUGCUUCUGGAAAACAGUUCCUCCCGUGGAGAUGUUGAAGGGGACAUUUUCCUCCUGAACACCAGUAGGCUCCCAGACAGAUGUGAGUUCAGCCUGCAUAGCCCCAUCCUGCCUGGGAGCUUGGACUCUUGCUUGCUGGAACUGGCCAUAUGUUCACAGGACGCUGUUCCUCUCCUCCAGAGGUUCACAGUUGAAAUCAGAUAUGUGGAGACAAACAGAAAUAUAAUAAUUUCUCUGAGAGUUGGCCAUGAGGAGGAUACCGGGGUGAAAUGGAAAUACCUGAUGGCCCAGAUUGGCCGAAUAGAAAGACCUUUUAAAAUCACCUUGCUGUAUUCAAACUGUGGCGCACAGGAGGUUGGAGUACUGGCAGUGGGCUACUUGCAACUCAGGAACUGCUUUCAUGAUAAAGAAAGCCAAGGUCUCUCUAUAUAUGACAAAGGCUCCACCUUCCCCUGCCUUCAUGGAGGCUGUGUCAGCCACCUACAAAUCUGUGAAUUCAUCAGCGACUGCCCCGUCAAAGAACAGGAGGGAGUGAGGUGUGACAGUCUCCCAGAGGGCUCACAUUGCUCUUUUGAAGAGGGUCUGUGUGGCUGGACACUGAAUGAAACUGCAGCAUCUCCUUGGUCUAUUCGGGGAUUUACUGAAAUGAUUCAAGAUGACUCAUUUGUAGGGUCUACCUUACAAGCCACUGGUGGGCACUUCCUCUACCUGCGAGCAGAGAGCAAUCAGACAAGCAGUAUGGCUAAGGCUUACAGUACCAGCUUGCCAGCCAGUAUGGCCACUGAAGACUACCAGAUCCAAUUCUCAGUGCAUGUUUUUGGCAACUAUAAUGGUACCGUCUCCUUGUCUGUCAGGGAAGAGAUAAAGGGAGCUCCGGUCACCUUGCCAAUGUGGGAAAGGGCAGGGAGCUGGAGUGACCACUGGUUUCUCAUCACCUUACCAAUGCCAGUGCUUCAGAACCGGUUUCAACUGCAACUCCUGGCAACCUGGGGCUGGAAUUCCCAAGCUGACAUUGCUAUCGACAAUAUUACAUUUGGACUGGACUGCUUCACUGACGGAAGACAACCAAAUCAUUUUGGUGGGAAGCGCCAGUACCCACGGGAGAUUAGUAGCCUGGAUGAGCAUCUUCUGAACCCCCUGGAAGAGCCCUCCCUCCCAGGGGACACAUCGGUUGUUUUCUGGUGGUUCACAACAUGUGGUGCCAGUGGUCCUCACGGGCCAACUCAGGCUCAGUGUGACAGUGCCUACAAGAACAGCAACGUGUCGGUGACUGUGGAGAAAGAGGGCAGGCUCCGGGGAGUGCAAGUCUGGAGGGUGCCAGCCACAAACCGAUACAGGAUUUCUGCCUAUGGAGCAGCCGGGGGGAAGGGAGCCAAAAACCACAAUAAGAGGUCCCACGGGAUCUUCAUCUCAGCCACCUUCCAGCUGGAGAAAGAUGAGCUGCUGUACAUCUUAGUGGGGCAGCAGGGGGAGGAUGCCUGCCCCGGGGGCAAUCCUGAAACCCAGAAGAUCUGCUUAGGGGAGUCAUCUCUCAUUGAGGAAGAUUACAAAAAAAAAAAGGACCUGAAGGACUGGGCUGGAGGAGGUGGGGGUGGAGGAGGAGCAACCUACAUCUUUAGACAGAAGGAUGGGAUUUUCGAACCUUUGCUCAUCGCAGCAGGAGGAGGAGGAAAAGCCUACCUGAAGGCUCAGGACAGCUCCCUGGAUGACGUACCCCUGGAGCAAUUUGAGAACAGCACUGCAGCACCUGGAGUCAGUGGGAGGACUGGGGCAGCAGGUGGAGGUGGUGGGUGGCAAGAUGAGAGUCUGCUUCCUCAGGCUGGGAAGUCCCUUCUGGAAGGUGGAGAAGGGGGCCAAGCUUGUCCCCAGGCACUAGCCAAGCUCCAGUGGGCCACCUCUGGUGGCUUUGGUGGAGGAGGAGGAGCUUGUACUUCUGGUGGAGGAGGCGGAGGCUACAGAGGGGGGCACGCCUCUGAUAGUGAUGAUAUCACAGCUGGUGGGCAGGAUGGCAUCUCUUUUGUGAACCCCAUUGGAGAGAUCUUCUUGCAUCCCCUGGCAGCCAUGGAGAGUCACGGCGAGGUGGAGGUUCAGAUCUAUCUUAACUGCAGCCACUGCCACUCGGACAACUGUAAGCGGGACCCUGACACCAACCUGCCAGUCUGCCAAUGUGAGGUGGGGGCUGUGCUAGCCAACGACAACGUCACCUGCACUGUGCCCCAGGGUCCUAUCCCAGAGGGACACCUGCCUCUCCCGCUCCUCCUAGCUGUGGUGGCUGUGAUUGUGGUGCUUGGAAUGAUCCUCACUUGUGGCAGCCUAUCUAUCAUUUAUCACCUUAAGAAGCAGCAGCUGGAAGGGGCCAGAGCACGACUGCAGAGCCCAGAAUAUAAACUGAGCAAAAUCCGCACCUCAGCCAUCAUGACAGAUUACAACCCCAACUACUGCUUUGCAGGGAAGGCAGCCACUCUGAGCGAGCUGAAGGAGAUCCCACGGAAGAACAUCUCUCUGCUUCGGGCACUAGGACAUGGUGCGUUUGGUGAGGUUUAUGAGGGAACAGUGGUAGGCAUUGCAGGGGAUCCCAACCCUCUACAAGUCGCUAUCAAGACCCUGCCAGAAGUCUGCUCUGAGCAGGAUGAGAUGGAUUUCCUGAUGGAAGCAUUGAUUAUCAGUAAGUUCAAUCACCAAAACAUCGUGCAGUGCAUCGGCGUGAGCCUGCAGACGCUGCCUCGCUUCAUUCUGCUUGAGCUCAUGGCUGGAGGAGAUAUGAAGAGCUUUCUUCGGCAGAAUCGACCCAGGGCGAAUCAGCCGUCCACACUAACAAUGCAGGACCUGCUGAACAUAGCUAGGGAUAUUGCCUGCGGCUGUAAAUAUCUGGAAGAGAACCAUUUCAUCCACAGAGAUAUAGCUGCAAGGAAUUGCCUUUUGACCUGCACUGGAGCAGGACGAAUAGCCAAGAUUGGUGACUUUGGGAUGGCCAGGGAUAUUUACAGAGCAAGUUACUACCGCAAGGGAGGAAGAGCCAUGCUUCCUGUCAAGUGGAUGCCACCAGAAGCUUUUCUAGAGGGCAUUUUCACCUCCAAGACUGAUACCUGGUCCUUUGGUGUGCUUCUGUGGGAGAUUUUCUCUCUAGGCUACAUGCCCUACCCUUGCAAAACCAACCAGGAAGUGCUGGAAUUCGUCACUAGUGGAGGAAGAAUGGAUCCACCAAAAAACUGUCCGGGACCAGUGUACCGGAUCAUGACACAGUGCUGGCAGCACAGCCCAGAGUAUCGGCCAAACUUCUCCACCAUCUUGGAAAGAAUCAAGUAUUGCACACAGGACCCGGAUGUGAUCAACACGGAGCUGCCCGUGGAAUGUGGCCCCGCACCAGAGGAUGAAGGGAGUACGGUCACGCGCCCCAACAUUUCCAGUGGGCUAGUGCCCCUGUUGGUAAGCCCCUCUCUCACACCUCAGACAACACCUAAAGCACUGGACUCCCACCAUGCUGGGCACAAACUUGUACAACAUCCGCAAGAGCUACUGGUGGAGAACCUGAGCAACCUGACGGCUCAAGGGCCCAGCCUGCCGUGCCUCAGCGAUUUCAACAGCGGGGCCUGGUUCCAGCACACCUCCAACCAGAAGCUGGAGCUCAGCAAUCCACCAACCCACAGACUUAAAAACAAAACGAAAAAUCUUUGGAACCCAACCUAUGGAUCCUGGGUGCUAGAGAACAUCUGUCAUUUCAACCCCAGCUCCAAGCUGAAAGCAACUCCAGAGCGGGACGAUUCAGGCUUUGAUGGGAACUGCAGUUCCCCUAGCUCUCGGGCAUCUCCAGCGUCUCCAAGUCGAAGCAACCACCCUCACCUGGAUAUCAGUGGGAUUGAACUGGUGAAACUCCAGACUUUCCCCUGUGGCAAUGUAAAUUAUGCUUAUGAUGACCUGUGCUAUAGCACUGACCACCAGCCAUCAGCUUCGGCAGAGGUCAGAGCAACUGUGCUAAGGAGCUCCAGUCUGCAUGGAGAUGAAAAGCCUUUUUAUAAAACAGAAAAAACGUCGAGAGAGAGGGACUCCGGUUUGUCUCUGUCAGGUGACCUGAGUGUUACUCCAGUAUAACAGAAACGGUUCUUCCAAAGAUCAGGGAGUGUGUGUAUCUGGAAGGACUCCUUCCUAUUUCACUUACUUCCUCCAUUUAAGUUCCUUCAGAUGGGUGAUACUUCAACAUCAGCAAUGUUACUUAGUUCCUCCUUCUACCUGCUGGAUCCCCAGAUCGUUACAGGCAGUUGCAUUUCCGUCUCUGCCCAUCAAACGUGUUCCACUGAACCAGCUCAGAGGUGGAGAACAGUGACAUUGCUGCUCUGAUUCAGAAUACAAUACUUAAUGACAGGACGACUCCUCAAUCUGCUCAGGUGAAAAGAAAUGGACCUACCAUCCAACUGCAGCAUUUGGAUGGAAAUAAAGACCAACACAGGUUGUGCUUCUGACAGAAGAAACCAAAACCACACGCUGUGCCAGCAGCAACCGACUUGCAAAGGCUGCUAUAUUCCCGAGAGCUUUUUGCAGUCCUGAUGACUUACUAAUGCUGCUCAGGCACUGUAAGGGAGUAAAUAAAUAGCAGCCACAUUUGCAUCUGUUUUAUUAGCAGACCUUGUGGAAAAACAUGAAAAUGGAGCUACUGCUCAAAUUGGAAGCAGUAGAAAGGACGAAAAAAAAAAAAUCCAGGCUCCUCUGAGCAUGUGCUUUGAAAACAAGCAAUGAAGAGGAAAACAAAUUUACUAUUUAAAAAAAUAGUUGGUGGAGCUGACAGUAGUCCUUUGCAUAGUGAAGGAAAUGUACUGUUUGCCUCACAGUGUUGCUUUCUUCACAGCUUCUGGCAUGGAAGGGGCAGGUGGUUUUUCAAGAAAGGGUGAGCUGCAUGGCACGAUGAGAAAUGGACUGUUUUUAUCUUUUAGUGGACUUGACUUGGGAUGAACUUCAUUUUUUUGUAAGUACUUUGAUAUUCAGCAGUAAUUUCCUGUGCUAUGGCGGUAAGCAUUAAGCGGAGGUUCUCUGAUAACUGUCUGGCAUUUGAUGCACUGGCAUUGUUCUUGGUUUUCAUACCUACUUCUCUAAGGUAGAAACAAAGUAAUGCAAGGGAGGGGCAACUACUACGAACACUACCUUACAGUGCCCUUUACACAGGAAGGUAGAAUAGCUCAACCACUUGAGAACACUAAAAUCCUGACUUGGCUUCACACACCUGAGCAGGUCAUCAUUUAUUCUUGCAUUGCAAGCACACAGACUUGCCGGUAAAGGUGGAAGUUGUUUGUUUCGAAGACAGCUCAUUUUUAAGGCUUUCUUCUAUUGCUUAGGGUGUAAACUGAUGUUUACUAGUUAAAGCCUGCAAAAUAAGGAGGCUGAAAAAGUAAAUAAUUUGGAUUAACCUGAACAGUCUGAAAAGUAUUUUGUCUUUGUCCCACUCCUGAAUGUUGCGCUGCCAACCUCCAGUGGCAAAUUACAUGCUGCCUUCAGGUGUAAUCAAGUUGCCUGGUGAGGUGGUGGUUGUUGACUCUGGUUCCUUUCCGAGGGAAGGUGUGCUCUGAUACAAGCUUCACGCGUCUGAAGCUGUGGGCUGGCAGGAGAGGGUUUGCUUUGACCCCAGAGCCUGCCUGUCCUCUGCAUCGUGGGGGGGUGGACGCUGCUGAGAUGUGGUGCAGAAAAGAACAGAAUAGAGAGUCUGAAUCCAUCUUGAGUGAAAUGCAUCUUCAGCGCACGUUUGUACCAUGUUGUACCUCUCCCAAGCUUCCUCUAGUUUGAGGCCUUUGGCUUUAGAAUGAGUAGUUUUCUGUACUGUCAUCUGCAGAGCUGAGCGGUGAUGGCCCGUAUGGUGUGGAAAUAAUUCCCAAUCCAUGCUGUGAAGUGACAGGUGGUCAGGACAGAGCGGUCCCUCUGAGGUCCCAUUCCAGGCGCGGUGUAGGGACUGAUGGGCUUAGUGACCAAGGGAGACGCCUGCCCUUGCUUCGUGCCCUUCCUUCCAUUUCACCUUGGCUUUAGCUCUCUGGCUUCUCUUACAUUUAGCUCAGUGCCUGUCCUAUCUUCUAUCCAGGAGCUGCUACAGCCCAGUUAGAGGAGGUAGAAAAGCCCAGUUAGCAGGAAAUUUUCUCAUUCUUUCCUCUUGCAGAGGCUAGCAGUUUUGGUCACAUUUCAAGCUGGUCACCUCUGGAACAUGCUAGUCAAGAAUAAAUAAAUCUACUUUUAGCUAAUUGAA